AUGUCUUCCAUUUUGGCAAGAACUUGUAGGGUUUCCGCUGCUGGUCGAUUGAAUCUGGUCCGUUUGGCAUCGACCAAACUUCCUGAACCAAAGGAUAUCACCAAAAAGAACGCCGUCUUCGAUGAUGUUGGACAUACUGGUCAAGUAAGUUAUUUGGAGAUUUUAGCUAUUGAGUUGAGUAGUAGUUUGCUUGUUUUACAAAUUGAAUGGUAUUUAUUUUUUAAUCUAUUUCAUCUUCAGGCAUGGGAUCAGGCAGAUUAUCGAUUGAGUCGCUUCGAGAUCUCAAAGAAGCAGGUUAACCCGAACAUCGCCAUCAAUCUCGUUGCUGAACAACCGCCCACUCCAUCCGAGGAACACGUUGUUUCCUGCGAUGGAGGUCAUCCUGCGUUGGGACAUCCAAAAGUUUAUAUUAAUCUUGUAAGUGUAAUACAACUUUGUUUUUACUUGUUUAGGACAAACCCGGAACCCAUGCCUGUGGAUAUUGCGGACAGAGAUUCUACAAUACCCAUGUGACCAAGGGAGAUGAUUUGAACAAGUCUCAUAUCCAGGUUUAG